CUGUGUUGCAGCGUGAAAUCAAUGAAGUGCAGAGAGAAGGAGGAAGAAGAGAAGAAACGCAGCAGAGAAGGGGGAAAACAGAGGAGGAAGAGCUGGAUGGGUUUCUCUGCCUCGUCACGUCAUCAAUAGAAGAAGAAGAAGAAGAAGCCACAGUGUGCGGCUCACACCCAUCUCCGCCCUCCACUGAAGUCGAUGAGCUCUCCACGAAGCAGGGCCAACAUGGUGCACGUGUACAACUGUCAUCCCUACGCCUCGCAGCAGAUCGUGCAGGUGGAGCAGGAGCCGGGGCUGGUCUGCUGUGGAGGUGGAGCUCUGUUCGUGGUGGCUUCUGGAGGAUGCAAGGUGGAGGCGUACAGUGUGGAGCAGGAGGGCUGCCCGCUCAUCUGCCGCUUCUCCACCAUGGGCACGGUGAGGAGCAUCCAGCACAGCAAGACAGGAGACUACCUGGUGACCAUUGAGGAGAAGAACAGCGCCACCUAUCUGAGAGCCUACACCAACUGGAGAUACCAGGCCGAGGGGAAAGCCCGUGUUGGGGUGCGCUUGCUGGGCCACCUGCUGCGUGGGGCGUCUGUGCGGGGCGGAGUGCAGAUGGAGAUCAUUGAGAUCCCUCUGUCGGAGCGCCCUGUGGCGGUGGCCUGUUGCUCGGUCACUGGGGACCUACUGGUCGGCUGCGAGAAAACCCUGGUUCUGUUCACGCUGAGGAGACCGAACCAGCAGAACCUGCAGAGUCAAAGUCCCUGGCCGAACACUCAGCAGAGCUCCAGUCAGAGUCAAGGUCAAACCUCCAGUUCAAACCAAAAUGUUUCCAUCCUGGACUUUGAACGCUCCGUCAUCGUGCACCUUCCCAAAAUGUCCCUUAAACAGGUGGCGCUGUGUGGAGGAUAUGUUGCCGUGCAGGCGGAGCUGGAGGUGCUCGUACUGAAACUGGAAGCAUCGUCUGAACCUCAAACCCCGGAUGACUCCUCGGACACAAACACAUGUGACGAUCCUCUGGAGGACCAGUCCGACCUCCUGCUCAUUCCGAGGCAGCUGGAGUUACUGGGCGAUCGAGCUAAAGACUGUGACAUCCCUGUCAGCAUUGAGAAGACGGGGCUGGAGGACAAAGGACAAUACACGCUGUCAUAUGUUCUUUUCAGGCGUUUUACUCCAGAGUUUUUCCAGGGCUGCAGUGUGGAGGAGACGCAGCUCCACUCCCUGCAGCUCUACCCGCUGUACACCAAGAGCCAGUUGGCGUCCACUGAGGAACCAGCGUGUGUGUUCUGCUUCUUCUCGCUCCCCAACGCCGGCUACCUGUACAGUCUGAAGGGCGGAGUCGAGCUGCUCUCAGCCUAUCAGUAUCCAGAGAAGGUCCUGGAGGCGGUGCUAACAGACACCCUGCUGCACGUCAUUACCAAGAAUGCGUUGCAGUGCUUCACAGUGCGCUGUGCGGCUGUAGCAGCCAGGAUCGACGACCCCUACAUCGAUACCACCAUGAAGGCCUGUCCGCCCUGCAGCCUGGAGGUGUGCGCCCUCCGGAUGCAGUUGUUUAUCGGCCUGCGCUCGGUGUGCGUCUACGGCCGCCACGUCAUCCUGCUCUCUGCCGCCGACAUGGAGACGCCAGACGAGAGCGAACGCAGCACACAGCGCCGCGAGUUGAAAGAACACACCAGGCUGACUGGUAUUUUCCUGGCGGUGGGAAUCGACCCCGCAACCACGCCGGCUCUGGAGAGCUUUCUGUCACGCCCCUUCCUGAGCAGGAAGUGGACGAUCUCCUCUCCUAAAGAAACCAGUGCAGCCGCACAUGGAUGGAACCUGUACGUGGUCGACACCGUCUCGCCCCUCGUGCUCUACCGAGAGAUGGUGGAGUACAGCCGACACUAUUCAGAGACCAACCCACAGGCCCAAAGCCUUCGACACCUCCUCAGUGAGGCUCACCUCCUCCUCUGCGCCUCCUCACUGCAGCAGAGCAGCGAGGGCGACCACACGGUGUCUCUGCAGAAAGAUACGGAAGGACAGACGGAGGGACAGACACAGACACAAACAGACAGACAAGAACUGCAGGAGGCUCUGAGGCAGAACUGUGCACAGCUGGGAGACUGUUACAGCAGGGCGAGCCAGAAGGACUGUCACCAGGCUCUGCCGUACUACAGGAUGUCCGGACUGUCAGUCACAGAGGUCAUCGUCAGGAACCGCCCCCUUCCCAGCAGCCCUCACUCCUAUGGCCUCGGCUUCCUGUUCUACCUGAAGCACUUCCUGUUAGAGGAAACGGAGCAGACCCUCAGUCAGGAAUCAGCCGAUGAGGUCGUUGACAUUUUCAGCCAAUCAGAUCCCUCAGAGAUCAUCAGCGUGUGUGCCAGCCCGUCCAUGACGAACAUCAGUCCCGCCCGGACGCUGCGAGUUUUCCAACAUCUGGAGGCCACAGCUGGAGUGUCGGUCCCACUGACCAUCACGAUGGCAACCAUGAUGCUGCGUCUGGACGACCUGCCGCAGUUCACACAGCUGAUGGACAGACAUCCUGAGAUGCUGCUUGUGUACGGUUUCAUCGACGAGCCGAGGCUGCUGCUUCACGGUGGAGGCGGCGGCCCGCACGCACUCGUCCGUCCCACAUCGCUGACUCGCCAGCUGGCAAAGUCCCAGCCGGGGCUGCUGGUAGCCGGCAUGGUGGCUCUGCAUGAGAACAACAAGGCUCAGCUGGAACAGGCCGAUCACAUCUUCAAGGAGCUGGGCUGUGAGAAUUGCUUACUGGUGGAUUUCUGGGAGGCGACGCUCAUGGCCUCUUCACAGGAAGCUGUCAUCCAGGAGCUCCUGUUCCGACUGGCUUCGGUCUACAUCGAGCGGCUGACGCACACAAACUCAGACGCACACUCCGGCCUCCCUCGCACUCGUCCACCACGCAGGCCGCUGAAGAGCGCCGACGAUCUGAUCAACUCCAGCUCCCAUUACGGCUCCUUGUACCCGUGGCUCACUGUUCUGUGUCCAGCUCACACUACCAGCUUCCAGCACCAGGAGGCGUUACACAAACUGCAGUCUCUCCUGUGUGGUCCGUCCAUGUCCAUUGGUUCUGUACUCCCUCUGUUGGAGCGUCUGUCGGAGGACACCCUGUGGGGCUUCAGCCUGCACCUCCUCUGCGCGACCAGAAGGGGGCAGUUUGACAGCAGCAUAGAGAAGCUGCUGGACCGAUGUCCUCAGGCCAUCAUCGCCUUCGCCAACCACCAUCUGCAGGACAGACACAUGGCGCUGUGGUGGAAGAAGCUGCUCCCAGAGCUGUGCAAUCGCACGAGAGCUGCAGGGGACAACAGCAUCCUGCUGGCUGCUCUCAAAGAAACACUGGUUGUGGUUGCCACAGAGACCAGCCCGGCACAGUUCCUGGAGCUCGUACCGGACGACGGCACGGCGUCCUACUUCCUGCCUCACCUGUUGACAUGUAGCCAGAGACACCUGCUUGCCUGAGACACGCAGACACGCACGAUAACACAAAGACAAGUGUGUCUCCGCUGGGGGCUGAAGGUCAAAGUUCAACUCAGGACGGUCGUUUGUUGAAGAUGAAAGUGAAAGAGAAAUCCUGAUUCUAUAACAGGAGCACAAUGACCGGCCCUUUGGUUGGAUGAGCCAAACAAACACAGUGAUUAAAACUUCAAUGACAGUAAUUCACUAACAAUGACACACACUAUAAAUACAUUUUACUGUCAUCCUGUCAGUAUUAAAAUGGGGCAGCCAUCUUACAAGGAGGAAGGGUUUAUGACCUUUACAUCAAUCAGUCAUCAGGGGAUGAUUGGCAUCACUUGUGCGGAGCCAUCAUUAUUAACUAUGAUCUGAACAAAACCCUCGGCCUCAGGCUUUGUUGGUUUACGAUGAGACAUAAUCACAAACAUUCCACGUUACGCCCAAGGACUGAAAAAAUGAUAGCAAAACCAGGACCAGGAAGUAGUUGAGUAUUUUGAACUGUGGUGAACCGCCUGCAAUUAUUCUUCUGUGUCAUUGUUUGCACGGAGCUGUGUUGAAUAUUUUAGCGCUUCAUGAUUUAGGAUUAUGGAAUUAACCUUGAAAUAUUCGAUAUCCUGACAUAGUUUCACCAUCGUCAGUGGAUGAGAUGAGAAGACAGAGAAAUGUCUUGGAUUGUCCCCGGAGCAUCGAGCGCUUUCCAUUUCACCCAAAUCGAUUUAAUUUAAAUAAAAAUUAAAAUUCCUUAUUCCUUUUUCUCCCAACAACCAAAAUCUGAAAAUUCCUGCUACUUAUUUAUAUUCAGUAAAGAACAAAAGUAAACUGUAUCUCACACAUUAUUAACCUGAGUUGCAUGAAGUUCCUGAUAAUACAUUCACUCCUGCAGAAUAAAGGAAUGUUGUGCUGCUGCUUCA